AUGGUCUGCCGAGCUCCAUGUGCUGUCCAUGGAACUUCAACAAGCAGCACAACGACAACCACUUCUAGAGCCGUGGAAGUAUCCAAGGACGAUUCUCACGCCCUGAAGCGGAGUUCUGGAGCUGCUCACAUAGACGCGGAGCUGCAGCUGCUGCUGCGAUUGCUGCCACCCACUGUGCGAGCAGUGCUGGAGAAUCACCCAGAUGUGGAAACGCUAGUGGAGGUGGUCAUGGAUCUGGGCCGGCCCCCCUCAGCUCGCUUCCCGGGGGGAGAUGUGUUGCUUAGUGACAGAGCCAUGACGGCAGAGGAUCUGGAGCAGGCGGUGAAGCAGGUGGGUCGGUUUGAUGGCGACAACCGAAGCGGUAUCGACUCCACCCUGCAUCGCAUCUCCUGCAUCCGGAACCGGGCAGGCCGCGUGGUGGGCCUUACGUGCCGAGUAGGACGUGCCGUACCAGGUGCCGCGGAGCUUGUACGGGAUCUCGUACUUGCGGGGCGAAGUAUACUGUUGCUGGGGAGACCCGGGGUCGGUAAGACGACGGCACUUCGGGAGGUGUGUCGUAUCGCGGCUGACGAGUCCCGGCGGCGUGUGGUGGUGGUGGACACGUCGAAUGAGAUUGGAGGGGAUGGGGACGUGCCACACCCGAGCAUUGGGAGCGCCAGGCGUAUGCAGGUCCCCCGCCCCGAGGCACAGCACGACGUGAUGGUGGAGGCGGUUGAGAACCACAUGCCGCAGGUGAUUGUCAUUGAUGAGAUCAGCACCCUGGCUGAAUGUACUGCAGCUCGUACCAUAGCCCAGCGGGGGGUGCAGCUGGUGGGCACCGCUCACGGGGGACGACUGGAGAACGUCAUUAAGAACCCCUCCCUGGCAGAUCUGGUGGGCGGUAUUCAGUCCGUCACCCUGGGCGAUGAGGAGGCCAGGCGGCGGGGGGUGCAGAAGAGCAUCCUCGAGCGAGCCGCCCCCCCCACCUUCGACGUGGCUGUGGAGCUGGAGGAGCGGGGCAGGUGGCGGGUGCACCUUGACGUGGGGGGGGCGGUGGAUGCGAUUCUGGCGGGUGGGUGGAGUGCGUGUGUUGGGGGCCGGGGGAGGACCUAA